UUGGAGUCUGCUCGUACUACAGAGCCACACUGAGGUCUCUGCGCGCAUCGCAUCGCACACUGUUGGGACCUGGGAGAAAUCACAAGGGGAGGAAGCCGUGAAGAUCUGAUACGGUGUCGAUUUGCCAAAACAGCACGGACUCUGGUUAAUUCCUUCAGGUGGCACGAGCCUCCCGCACGGGUCUAUCCGGACCGCACUGCAGCCUGGCUUUGCUCUCCCGCUUGUCAAACCAAAAAUCCUGAGUGUAGCCAACGCGCGUACCUGAACGGACAAGAGGGUAUUUGUUUGGUUCAUGGUGUUUUCAACUGGAUUAUCACUUUCGAUAGAUACAAACAAGUGGCCAGCAGCCACCGGAGUCAAACCCAGGGAUUACAAUUGUUUGUAAAGACUUGGUUGCGCGUGCAGCGUCUGCAUGCUCGCCUCCUUUUCAAAUCAGAGAGCAAAGUGCUGAUAACCCCACUCCACCUGGACUUUCGACCUGAGGAAGGAGCUUCUUGGUGAACACUGCAGUUGACAGGAGCGCGGCACCGACCGAAUUGCCACUGGGAAACUGAGAAUCCUGCGAAAAUGCCUCUCGCUCAGAUCGCGGAGCCAUGGCCCACCAUGGAACUAGUGCAGCUCGAAACGGAGAAUGGGCAGAGCACUGCUGAGGAUGGAGUCACGCCUGCUGUCAAGGAAGAUGGAGAUAUCAAAGAGAUCAACAUUACCCAUGUGGUCAAGGAGGGAUCAGAGAAGGCUGAUGCUUCUCAGUUUGAACUGCUCAAAGUGUUGGGACAGGGAUCGUUUGGCAAGGUGUUCCUGGUGCGAAAGGUGACCGCCCCCGAUGCCAACCAGCUCUACGCCAUGAAGGUCCUCAAGAAAGCCACGCUGAAAGUGAGAGACCGUGUGAGAACUAAGAUGGAGAGAGACAUCCUAGCUGACGUCAACCACCCAUUUGUUGUCAAACUGCACUAUGCAUUCCAGACUGAAGGCAAGUUGUACCUGAUCCUGGACUUUCUCAGAGGAGGAGAUCUCUUCACCAGACUCUCCAAAGAGGUGAUGUUCACAGAGGAGGAUGUGAAGUUUUAUCUAGCGGAGCUGGCGUUAGGACUGGACCACCUCCAUAGCCUGGGCAUCAUUUACAGGGACCUCAAACCUGAAAACAUUCUCCUGGAUGAGGAGGGACAUAUCAAACUCACAGAUUUCGGCCUGUGUAAAGAAGCCAUUGAUCAUGAGAAGAAAGCGUAUUCCUUCUGUGGUACUGUAGAGUACAUGGCACCUGAGGUUGUGAACAGGCAGGGACACGACCAGAGUGCCGACUGGUGGUCAUUUGGAGUACUUAUGUUUGAGAUGUUGACUGGAUCGCUGCCAUUUCAAGGAAAGGACCGCAAAGAAACUAUGAGCCUGAUUCUGAAGGCGCGCCUGGGAAUGCCUCAGUUCCUCAGUGCAGAGGCUCAGUCUCUACUCAGGGCUUUGUUCAAGAGGAACCCUUCCAACAGAAUGGGAUCUUGUGCUGAUGGUGCAGAGGAGAUCAAACGGCAUGGUUUCUUCUCCACCAUCGACUGGAACAAACUCUUCAGGCGAGAAUUAAAACCCCCGUUCAGACCAGCAGUGGCGCGUCCCGACGACACCUUCUACUUUGACUCUGAGUUCACCUCCCGUACCCCUAAAGACUCCCCCGGUGUGCCCCCCAGUGCCGGAGCUCACCAGCUUUUCAGAGGCUUUAGCUUCAUUGCGUCGCCUUUGUUGGACGAGGAAGGGUCUGCGGAGCCAGUCAAGCCUCACCCAGUGGUCCAGCAAUUACACGGAAAGAACCUGCUGUUCAGCGACGGCUACGUGUUGAAGGAAGACAUCGGCAUGGGGUCCUUCUCUGUCUGUAAACGCUGUAUCCACAAAGCCACCAACACAGAAUACGCUGUUAAGAUGAUUGAAAAGACCAGUACAGACCCCUCUGAGGAGAUUGAGAUUCUGCUUCGAUAUGGGCAGCACCCUAACAUCAUAACACUGAAGGAUGUGUACGACAACGGUAAGCAGGUGUUCAUGGUGACAGAGCUGAUGCGUGGAGGAGAGCUGCUGGAUCGCAUCCUCAAACAGAAGUUCUUCUCAGAGAGAGAGGCCAGCUCUGUGCUUCACACCAUCACCAAGACUGUGGAGUACUUACACUCCCAGGGGGUGGUGCACAGAGACCUGAAGCCUAGCAAUAUCCUCUAUGUUGAUGAGUCGGGGAAUCCAGAUUCUAUCAGGAUCUGUGACUUUGGAUUCGCUAAGCAACUGCGUGCCAACAACGGCCUGCUCAUGACCCCGUGCUACACUGCUAACUUUGUAGCUCCUGAGGUGUUGAAACGUCAGGGCUAUGAUGAAGGGUGUGACAUCUGGAGUCUCGGAGUCUUACUGUACACCAUGCUGGCCGGCUUUACUCCAUUUGCCAACGGACCUGAGGACACCCCAAAUGAGAUCCUGAACAGAAUAGGAAACGGUCACUUCAGUCUAGUUGGAGGCAACUGGGACACAGUGUCUGAAGCUGCCAAGGAUCUUGUGUCGAAGAUGCUUCAUGUGGACCCGCAUCAGAGACUGACUGCUCAGCAGGUCCUCAAACAUCCCUGGAUUAUCCAGAGAGACAAACUGCCCAACAGCCAGCUCCCUCAUCACGACCCCAAACUGGUCAAGGGUGCGAUGGCGGCCACCUACUCUGCCCUGAAGAAGUCUCAACCAACUCCAGAGCUGAAGCCCAUCGAGAGCUCCUUCCUAGCUCAGAGGCGCGUCAAGAAGCUUCCCUCCACCUCCCUGUAGAGACUCUAAACAUCCAAUCGGCUCAUUGGAGACUGACCAAACUGCACCUCCUGGCUACAACCACCCAGUCAAUUUGCACGGGGACUCAAGUGUCCACCCACCUCUACCAGCCAAGGAACACUUGCUAUCAUCCUCCUUGUUCUGAUGGGGGCGAUGAGGGUUAAAAAAAAAAAAACCUGGCUGCAGGUUUUUGGCAGAUGUAUAAGUGAUGAGUGUGUGUAUGUGCGAGUGAGUGUGUUUGUGCAUGACUAGAGAUGACAAUGAAAGUUUUCUCUCCUCAUCAUUGCUGUGAUUGGUUGACAUCCAGCUUGCUGCACGCCUGUCUGCCUGUUUUGUUGUCUGUCUUCCUGUUCUUUUUGUAAAGUUAAUGAGCUUUAUAUUACCGGGUGUGCUGCCAAAUCAACCUGUGCCGACAGCACAAAACCACAGUACUGUCCAACUGCUGUUAAAUGUUUUUGAAAGAGCAUUAUUACCAUGAAUAUUAAACAUUUCCGCCAUAAAUGCCUCUUUGGCUUUGGUACAGCCAGAAUAUGUGGAUUCUGAGAAAUGUCAAAUGCUGAUGUUUUGGUUAGUGUCAAUAUAUGCUUGUACUUUGUUUUACAGAGAGCGUGCGUGUGUGUCAGUUGCAUGACUUGCAGUGUGUGUGGGAGCGUGUGUGUGUAUUCUGUGAGAUGCUGCAGGGUCAUGUGCAUGGUCCGGUGACGUGAUGAUGAUAUGUGACUUUCUUGUUUUCUCUGCUCGGUCAACCCGCUGGCAACCAUUUGAGAUGUCUAUUCAUUUUAUUACUACAAAAACUAGUAAAAUUGGUGGCUUUCUGUGAAAGAAAACUUGCCCAAGGAACAAUGUGGCAUGUUCAAAUUCUAUAUUUGCUUUUUUUCCUGUCUUUUGUUUUCACUGUGUUUCUUGGAUCAAGCAUAUUGAAUGUUGUUUCCUGUAUUGGCUGCUUUUGUUGUUGAUUGUUUCUUUUGUUUUUCGCCCAUAGAAAGAGGUUAUUAAAAAUAGUGAUAGACAUGCUGAGCACAUCAGUCUGUGCACUUAAUGCCAUACAGGUCUUUCCUUCUGUUUUGGGAUGUGAAAGGGUAGAAAGGCUGACUUUUUCUUUAUUUGAGCACUCCAACACAGCCUCCCUCUUAUAAAAAGUCAAAUCACUGGUUGCUCAUACCACACAGACCUUCAGCAGUCGUGUGUCUUUCAUGCACGUUUCUGUACAUUAUAUAACUUGUUUUCAUUGUAUUGAUGCUCAUUUUGAGACAUCCUAAAGAAGGGUUAAUGUGUCUCAUUGUAAGUGGUUUCACAGGACAGGUACCGCUUUCAGCUCUGUGCCUGGACCUACAGGUGAGGCAGAGUGUCUUACAUGAUAAACACAUGAAGAACAAACUCAACAGCCUGUGGGCUACAUGUGUAGAAGGGAAGACGUGUGUGGCUUAAUCUACGAACCAGCUGUCUUACCUCAAAAGGGAUCAAAGUUAUAUUAUAAUUCUUGUUUGGUGGCAAAUGUAUCCCAUCUUUGAUUACAUUUAUGGUAAGAUGUUAUUGUAUGAUAAAGAUGAAGAUUUUUAUAUCUUACAAAUAUUAAAAAUUCAGUUGUUACAACAAA